AUUGAACGCGGUCGUCAGUUCUGGUGGGAACUUUGCUACGAGAGGUAACGAUACUUUUCAGACCUCGGUGAAUUCAGGAGGAUUUGUGCCGUGAUUCGUUCGUUGGAUUUCGCACGGAGAGCAAUUUUGGAAUUUUGCAGUUCAGUGAAUUGAUUGUGCUCCGAUAGAUAAGGCUGCCGGAGAAAAGCGUUCAGUGCAUCGUGGAAUUAUUGGUGAAGAGUGUGUUUGGAAAAAAAAAAGAAACGUGAUACGGCUGAGGAAAGUUGAAAUUCCGUGAUAGUGUCCCAAAAAAUGCAUUUUGUAAAGUGAAUUUCUAUGCAACAGUUGACACAAGGUACUUCUCGGGUGAAAUAGUGUGCAUCCUAGAAUCGAGCAAACGUUCCAACAAACCAAGCUUUUGUGUUGCAUCCUGUGCAUAGUGCUCUUCAGCGACGAUCAACAUGAGGCGCCUUAUCCUGUUCGUGGGCUUCCUGAUAACAGGUGUGCUGUCGCAAGGAUAUCUGCAGCCGCCACCAUUCAGACCGCCUCAGUUGAAAAUACAACGGCGACAGCUAUCACAGCAGCAGCAAACGCACAUCCUAAGCGACAUCCAGCAACACCAGCAUCGGUUCAAUCUUCAUCAGAAUCAGCGCCCUCCAAAUGUCGUAAUUCAACCCUCGAUUCAGCUAUCGCUUCCUCAACAACAAAUCAACACGAUCAGCCAUCGGCCAUUCUCUAACACCAAUAAUCACUACCAAUCAAACCCUCCACCUUUUAACAGCAAACAGUUACCUCCUCAAGCGCCUCCCAGUAAUUUCAGACCACCACAAUCAAGCAGACAACCACACAGUGGCUUCGGAGCACAACAAGAUACACGAAUUCCUCCAUCACCGCCAGCCCCACAGCAAAGACCAGCUCAGAACACUCUUCAGACAUCCCAAUCACAAUACUUCAAUGGACCCCCAUUGAACAGCCACUCCUUUGCCAACAAUGCUUUCCCAUCGGAAGCACCGCGAGCUCCGGACACACGUCCCCUUCCCCAUACGGUCCACAAUCAUUUCCUGCAACCUCCCAGUUUCCCUGCACAACCACCUACUGCUUCCCAAGUCCGUUUUCCAACGAAUCAUCCAGUUGCUCAAACUCAGCAACUUUUCCAAGCGUCAUCUCAACAAUCAUUUCUAGCGGCUUCACAACCCACAUUCGGCCAACAGAUUGCGCAACAAUCAUUUGAAAACAACCACAUUCGCUCCGAAGUCGUGCCACUAGCUCAACAACCACUACAGACAAAUAAUUUCAACCCAUUUGCCGUUCAACAACAACAACAACAACAGCAACAUCAACCACAACCACAACCACCGCAAAUACAACAACAGCCAUUCAACAAUUUCCCAGUAAUACCAAAUCUGCCACUGCUUGUUCCCACACAAACUCUCAACUCUCAACCUGGAGUUUUCCCCCAAAUCCAACCUGCCGCUGCCCAGCUAAAUCAACCCCAGCAACAUACGUUCCUCUCGCAAAAUCAACCCCAUUUGAGCUACCAACAGCAGCAAGAGCUCGAAAAACGCAUCAAGGAGGAAAGCAUUCGCAUUCGAGAGCUACAGGAGAAACAGAAGAUCAUCCAAAAGCACGAGCAGUUCCUGCAGAAACAAUACCAAAAACAACAAGUUAAGGUACAACAGCUGCAUCAGGACUUCCUGAAAAAGCAACAAAAAUCUCAACAGCAGGAAGAGUACGAUACAAUCCGCAAAACACCCGCACCCGUCGAUCAAGUCAGACAGCCAUCGGAGCGAGCUGUUCAGGAGAAAGCUACCAGAACACACCAGAGGUCCAAUCCAACCCCAACAACUACCCAUUCAGUCCCUUCAUCUACCGAACAUAACCUCUCCGUAAUUCCACUCAAAACAAACAGCAAAAAGGACUACAGCACUAUCACAAAAUCCGAUCUGGACGUACUUCUGCAGUCAAACCGACAAAAUCUCUACCAAACCAUCAACGCGGAACCACCCAAGCCAACGAAGGCUCGUCCAACGAAAGUUAAGUCCACAAAGGCACUUGGCCGUGACGAACUCCUAAAGCAACUCAAAUUGGCACUCGCCGAACAGGGACCUCACGACCUCGGGGAUAAAAAUUUCACUUCCACAGAUCUUGUCCUACCUAACGGCGAGAAGGUGCAAGUGAUUCGGACAACCGAUCCGGAGAUUAUAAAGCGUGCCAACGUCAACUCGGAGGCUGUUUUGACCCAGCAGCUCGAUUCGCCUACCACCGCGAAGCCGUUGUCGUUCGAGGACAUCGCCAAGAGUGGAAUUCUACCCCCCGGAGCAGACUUUGAACUGAUCAAACAAAAUGAAGACGGCCAAAUAGAGGAGGUGGCCAAAAUUCCGCCACAGAAGAAGGUUACGUUCGUUUACUUGGAGGAACAAGAUGAUGGGUCUUAUAAAGUACAAGGUGUGAAAGGUAGCAGCGACAAGGAAACCAAAACUUCAGGUGCCGACGUGGACAGUAUUCUGAAGAGAAUAAAAAACGGUGAUAUACAGCUACCGCCGUCAUCGAAAAAAGUUUUCCAACCACCGGUCGAUGGGGAAGUGUUCACCGGAAGUACAACGCCGAGAAUUGUUCCUGUUCAGAAGGCCAACUCGGUCACUAUAAUUCCUCACAGUACGCCUCUUGAGAAUCAGCAAUCGACAGACUUCGUGGCUGAUCACACUAUACCUAGAACCGUUUCCUCUCCUCCUUCACAAGCCUAUGCGACUACAGCAGCUCCUUCCAGGUCAAGUUCCGUCUCAGCAUACUCUCCGUCUACCUACUCUGCAAGCACCAUUCCCCAAACAUCGACCAUCGCAUCCACCCAAUCCCCAAUCACAAACUACUAUCAAAAUGAUAACACCAUCCACUAUGGUGGGAUCAGCUCAUCGUAUCCCACGUCCACUCCUCCCUCGCCAAGCGCCACUCCCGUUCCGAGCUCCUCAACCGCCCAAUACACCACCCGGGCCGAGAACCAUAUUUCCGCCUCAACGGUAGCUCAUCAAACAGCCAGCUCCAACGUCUACCAGCAACACGCCACCGGUAAGUUCGAUGUAGUGAUCCCAACCGUUCCCACCCCGGAAGCCACCGUGACCCCGCAGAAUGCCUACCAGCAGCAGGAUCCGUCGUCGCCACUGAUCCAGGAGCAGCAAACACUGCCGCCCACCUCUUCAACGACCAAUGAACUGCCAGCAAUCCUCAAGAAAAACGGAUUAUUUGCGAUGGCCAAAUACCUCCGCCAGUCUGGCUUGGAUACCAUUUUGAACGAAACCGGUCCGUACACGAUAUUCGUGCCGACCGACAAGGCUUUCCGCAGUCUCCUGGUGCAACUGGGAGGACCUGAGAAAGCCGAGGAGAAGUUCAAGAACAAUCCACGAUUGCUGAGUGGGCUUCUACUGCAUCACGUUAUUCCGGGGUCGUUCGAAAUUGGAUCACUACAGGACGAAAUGACCGGUGUUUCUCUGGCCGGAACGCAGCUGCGAGUCAACCAGUACAAUAUGCACGACUCCGAGUGGAACGAUGUCAAGGUAGAGGAGGUCACAACAAUUAACGGCGCCAUGGUCGUACCAGACAAAAAGGACAUCAGCAUUCCCCAAGGCAUUGCGCAUGCCGUAGACCGAGUUAUGUUCCCCCUUCCAGUCGGUGACAUCCUGCAGACCCUACAGUCAGACAGAGAGCGACGAUUCACUCACUUCCUGCGGGCACUAUACGCAUCGGGAAUGUCCGAUACUCUGCAGAACAAAGGUAUUAAAACGUACACAGUAUUCGCACCGACCGAUGCUGCCUUUGACAAAUACUCGACGGACGAACUCAACAACCUAGUCACCGACAAGGACCAGGCGGAAGAACUGGUCAAGAAGCAUGUUGUACCAGGAACGCUGUUCACCGCUGGCAUGCGGUUCUACCAAGUGAAGGAUGCAAUGGCCGAUGGUAAAACAAUUACUCUUCAGAAGAACGGAGGUAAAAUCAAAAUUAACGAUGGAUAUCUACAAACAUCCAACAUCCCGACGACAAAUGGAGUGAUACAUGCCGUGGAUGCGUUGCUUUAAGAUCACCUCCAUUAUCCUGUCACCAACUAGUUUCUUCUCAAAAAAAAAAACACAAACAAGUACCCAAAAACUUUCGAAAUGUAUCAACGAAAAUCUUUGCACAUACCCUCAUCCCAUAUUGUUUGGAAACACUAUUUAUUAACCACGAAUCAAAUUCGAAUCACCUUCUUAAACGAAGAAAAAAAACAACAUUAAGCGUUGAGCGGGAAUAAGCUGAGAACUGCUUUCGGGAGGAUUCCCACGGCGGUCAGUUCCUCUCCCUUGGACAGUAGCAGCACGUACCGUUUUAGAUUAGUUCAAACUAAGCAAUUGUUAAUCUUGUUGAACUUGUUAAACAACGUAAGGAAUCAUUAAACAUCGUUAAUUGUAAGUGACAAUGUUAAUUUAUUGAUAAGUGUAGCUUUUAGCCGCUAAGCAACCGUUAGGGCCAAUCUUGUACAUACUGUUCUCUAAUGUCUAGAGGUAAUAAUACAAACAAUACUUAGUGUAAAAUAAGCCGUAGUAAAUUCUAGUACCGAUAUAUAAA